ACAUCCCUCUCUUUUUCUUGAUCAUAAUGGAUACGGAAGAGAAAAUUCAUACGGAGCCCACCAAGGCUGAAAUCGUUGACGAACAGCCUGGUGCUAUUGAGCAUGUUGAAGAUGAUGCUUUUGGCCCUGCUCCUACUGAAGAGGAGUGGAAGAGUCUUCGUGAAGUUGCUGACUCUGUCCCCAAGUCAGCAUACUUGGUCAUCUUGAUCGAGUUCUGUGAACGUUUCACCUACUACGGUUUGAGUGGUCCUUUCCAGAACUACAUCCAGAACCCUCCUCCUCCCAGCUAUCCCGCUGAACAGCCUGGUGCUCUUGGUCGUGGUCAACAAACUGCUACUGCUCUCUCCACCUUCUUCCAGUUUUGGUGUUAUAUCACUCCAAUUUUCGGAGCUAUUGUGGCUGAUCAGUAUCUUGGCAAAUACAGAACAAUUCUCCUUUUCGGUAUGAUUUACUUCCUUGGUCUUGUUAUCCUCACUGCCACCUCCGCUCCUUCUGCCAUUGACAGUGGAGCUUCCUUCCCUGGUUUCGUUGUCGGUAUUAUCAUUGUCGGUCUCGGUACCGGUGGUAUCAAGUCCAAUGUCUCUCCCUUGGUUGCUGAACAAUACCGGUCCCACCAUCCUUUCGUCAGAACCUUGAAGAGCGGCGAGCGUGUCAUUGUCACUCCCCAAGCAACCUACCAAAAGAUUUUCAACAUGUUCUACUGGGGUAUCAACGUCGGUGGUUUGUCCUCCAUUGCCACCACUAACCUUGAGAAGAAUGUUGGCUUCUGGAGUGCUUAUCUCCUUCCUACUCUCAUGUUCAUCCCUGCCCUCCUUAUUGUCGCACUUGGUCGUAACCAGUAUGUCCGUAUUCCUCCUCGUGGUUCCGUCUUCGUUGAAGCUUUCCGUCUUCUCAGAAUGGGCAGAAAGGUUCCCGGUGGUAUGGCUGCCUGCAAGCCCAGCGCCCUCAAGGAAACUCACCCUGAACUUGCUGAGAAGGCUACCUGGGAUGAUAUCUUCGUUGAUGAAUUCAAGCGUGGUCUUAGAGCUUGUACUGUCUUCUUCUGGUACCCCAUCUACUGGCUUUGCUACUCUCAAAUGACAAACAACUUGAUCUCACAGGCCGGUACCAUGUGGACAGGAAAUGUGCCUAACGAUAUCUUGCAAAACAUUGAUGGUUUGGUUUUGAUCAUUAUGAUUCCUAUUAUGGAUCGUUUCGCCUACCCCAUGUUGAGAAGAUUCGGUAUCCCUAUGCGUCCCAUUACCCGUAUCACUUUGGGUUUCGCCUUUGCUGCCAUUUCCAUUGCUUAUGCCGCUGGUGUGCAGUCCAUGAUCUACAAGUCUGCCCCAUACUAUGACCAAGUCGGUGAAUCUGGUGGUGAAAACUGGAUCUCCGCCGCUAUUCAAUUGCCUGCUUAUGCUCUCAUUGCCUUGUCCGAAAUCUUUGCCUCCAUCACUGGUUUGGAAUUCGCCUACAAGAAGGCUCCUGAAUCCAUGAAGUCUAUUGUCAUGGCUGCUUUCUUGUUCACCAGCUGUCUCGGUUCCGUUCUUUCCUUCGCUUUGGUCCCCGUCACUGAGGAUCCCAAGCUUACCUGGAUGUACACUGGUAUCUCUAUUACCAUGGCCAUCUGUACUCCUAUCUUCUUCUUCUGCCACCGUGGCAGUGACAAGGUUGAUCUUGAGCAAGAUGCCAUUGGCCGUAACAGCCAACAGAGAGACGCUUACCAGAAGCACACCAUUGCUGAGGCCGAAUAUGAAGCCGAAGUUAAGCAAAUUGCCUAGUUUAUUAUUUACACCGUAUAAUCCUUAUAGUAGCACCCACCCCCUUUUACCUAUGCAAUUUUUAUAUAUCAAAGAUUAAAAAUGAACCAAAAAUGUUGCAUAUCUCUACAUCGAAUGCCCUUCAGUGUGACCACCCUAUCU